AUGCCUCAAGCACUCAACGACUCUAAUCUUUUCAGGCCACUCAAGGUGGGACAUGUUCUUCUUAAAAAUAGACUUGUUCAUGCACCAGCAACAAGAUUCCGCAAUUCUGACAAAUUUGUUCCCACAGACUCUAUGCUUAGGUACUAUUCAGAGAGAGCAGAAAACAAUGGAGGACUUAUCAUCACAGAAGCUUCUUUUCCAACACCAGAGUUCGGGCUUUUUCCUAAUACACCUGUGAUUCAGACAAGCAAACAAGUUCAAGGGUGGAAACAGAUAGUAAAGAGUAUUCACGACAAUGGAUCUUAUGUUGCAGUGCAACUAUGGAAUUUGGGAAGAGCCGCACCGGCAGGAUUGUUGAAGCAAUACGGUAUUAAUUACCGAGGAGUUUCCAAUAAUUAUGCUGACGAAAAGACUGAAAAUGAGGCAAUUGAAGCAGGUAACCCACUUAAGGCCUUGACCAAGACGGAAUUGAAAUGGAUGGUGGCCGAAUAUGUCUCUGUAGCUGAAAGGGCUAUUAAUAUUGCUGGUUUUGAUUUAAUCGAAUUACAUGCGGGGCACUCUUUUCUUAUUGGAGAGUUUUUGAGAGAGUCAACGAAUGAAAGAUUAGACGAGUAUGGUGGAAAUCUUGAAAAUCGAGUCCGGCUUGUUUUGGAGAUAGUUGAUGCUUUAAUAGCUUCCGUUGGUGCAGAUCACAUUGGCAUCAAACUAACGCCAUAUAUAGAGGAUCAAGAUGCCCAAGGAAAGGCCAGCUCUGUUAAAACUCACACAUACCUUCUUGAGCAGUUGCAAAGAAGGGCUGAAAAUGGUAAUAAGCUAGCUUACAUAGCUUUAACCCAGCCAAGAAUGGCAGGAGAUACUGAAAAAGAGGACUUCAACGGUGAAGAUACCACAUGGGUUAUCAAAGCUUGGAAAGGUAUUAUAAUAAGAACCGGUGCAUUUUUUCAUGAUGAGAACUACUUGGACUUGAAGACUGACGUCAAUGAAAAUGAUAGGACUCUUAUAGGUGCUGGAAGAUACUACACAUCCAAUCCAGACUUGGCUGAUCGAUUGAAAAACGGGUAUCCUCUCACCCCUUACGACCGGUCUACUUUUUAUACUGCCAUGUCCAAUAAGGGAUAUAUUACCUGGCCAAAAUUCGGGGAAAAAGAAGUCUCUAAUCUCACAGAGAUCUCAAAUUCCUCUCCUAAGCCAUUGGUCUAA